CCGCCGCCGCCGCCACGCGCUGGCGUGACUCCCGGCCCGCGCCCUCCCACGUCUGCAGCCUGCUCGGCUUUUUGCCCGCCCAGACGCCGCUUCUCCCGGCUCCCGGCCUCGGCUCCGCGGAGGGAGCGGAAAUGAGUGCGGCGUCGGCGUCGGCGUCCGAGCGGGGUUGGAAGAGCGAGAAAGUGGACGAGGCUCAGGCCCUGGCGCGGAGUUGCGCUGCCCGAAGACCCGACUUCCAGCCGUGCGACGGGCUCUCCAUCUGUGCCACGCACAGCCAUGGCAAGUGCUUCAAGCUGCACUGGUGCUGUCACCUAGGAUGGUGUCACUGCAAGUAUGUGUAUCAGCCUAUGACCCCUGUGGAGCAGCUUCCAAGCACUGAGAUUCCUGCAAAGCCUCGGGAACCCACAAACACCAUUCAGAUCUCAGUCUCACUCACUGAACACUUUUUGAAAUUUGCAUCUGUCUUCCAACCACCCCUCCCCCCUGAUUCACCAAGGUACUGUAUGAUCUCAGACCUCUUUAUCGACAACUAUCAGGUUAAAUGUAUUAAUGGGAAGAUGUGUUACGUGCAGAAGCAGCCGGCACCACAUUCCCACAAGAUGAGCCCUGAGGAGGUCUCUGCACAUGAUGCCUUAAUUUCAAGAGAGAGCAGUACACCAAAAAUAGAUCACUGCUCUUCUCCCUCAAGUUCUGAGGACUCUGGGAUCAAUGCCAUUGGGGCUCACUAUGUGGAAUCAUGUGAUGAGGACACAGAAGAAGGAGCAGAACUGAGUUCAGAGGAAGAUUACAGUCCGGAGAGCAGCUGGGAACCGGAUGAGUGCACCCUUCUCUCCCCUUCACAGUCAGAUCUGGAAGUGAUUGAAACAAUAGAAACCACCGUGUGAGAGUCCAAGCAGGAAGCCACGGCCUCUGAUCCAUGCUGAGCUUUUGUACUUUGGUCUGAUGGAUCCUUUUUCCACUGCAGUUGGUAUUUUCUACCCCUCUCUGACAACCAUAGUGGUUCAGUGGUCUGCUGAUUAGCUUCACUCUUAAAUUAGUCUUAGAACUAAGACCUUCUUUUUCUUAUAAAUGGUUUUCUUUUGUAUCUUGACUUAUUUUCUAUGUAGCAUCUGGUGUCAUGAAUUGUGACCCAGCCUUAAUUUCACUGGGAACUCUGAAAGCAGUGAAGUGAUGAUUAUCAUGGAUCAGGUUGAGGAGCUACCCAUAGCGAAGGAGACAGUAUUUUCUACAUAGCCAGUUCUUGACACACACACACACACACACACACACACACCCCUCUUGGCAUUCCUUUUGGUGUGCCCACAGGCACCCCUACCCUGCUAGUCUCCUAUGGGAAUCAGCUCAGGAGCGGGGAACAGAGUGUGCACUGUAGAUGCCAUUCUGUCUCUUUUCUCUUCUCACCACCUGCAUCGGUCUGGGCCCCUGUUGCCUCAGUUUAUUUCUGGGAGGUUACUGGAGGUUAGCUCGGCCCCUAGUUAUGGCUAGUGUCUGCAUACCCUGCAUGAUCUGGGGCAGAGCCAGACCUUCAUUUAAGAAGAGAUGACGCCUUCAGUUUCAUGUUCAAUCCACCUUUAGCUGCGUGCCUACGCUCUGCAGGGUGCACAGUGGGAUGCAGACUGAGUAACACCUGACUCCUACAGGAAGGGGCCCACAGUCCAGCAGAGGGCUGUGCUAACACAUGCGGGUAAUGGUACCCAGAAUGCUCUGGAAACCCAGGGGAAGGAGAAUACUAGGCAUGCAGCUGGAGAACAUGUUGCCACGUUUGAGCUGGCCUCUUGGGUGGAUUCCUCAACAUUUCCCCAUUUUUCUUAAUUGUUCUUCACAUCUGGGGAAAACUUUUAGGAAGUUAUAUAGGUAUUAUAUUUAGGAGGCAGCCACAUCUGACGUCUUAAGAAAAAAAUCAAUAGUUUUAGUUAGCAUGGAAAUGCUAAACACAGCAGUCCUUUAGGGAUUAGGAAUGAAUCUAAUAGGUUUGAUUAAUUCUGCUUCAUUUGGUUGUAUGAAGCAUUAGAAUGGCUUAGGUGAGAAAUGGAUUAGAAUUCAGUAUGAUGCAUGGAUUUUUUAUGCAAAUGCAAAAGCAGUUGAAAUAGUUUGCUGCUAAGUCAGAAGAUAUUUUGUGUAAUAUUCAUUCACUUUACUACAGUAAUAUUCAUUGUCUGUUGUACAUGUUCUCUUUUCUCACACACACAAAAUAGAGAAUAAUUCUCUUACUUAGCUCUCUUCUGAAUUCUCCUAAUUUCCAUUUAUACAAGGUGUUAUUGUGUAAGUUGCUUAUCUGCCAUUUCUCCACGUCUCCUCUCUGUGAGGCGUAGUUAAGAGUUCAGGAAGUUUAAAAUACAGCCUGAUACACCUGCCAAAGUUUGGAGGUUGAGAAAUACUUCUUAUGCCCUCACUUUCUGUAAGCGUGCUCUCGUGGCACUAUCUCGUGCUCUGCCCGGAUUUUGGCACAUCUCUUCUGUGUCACAUUAGUUUGUAUUUUAAGAAAUAAGACGAGGCCUGUUGUGUUCCACCCUGAAGCCUCCAUUUGGCAUCCUUCACAAAUCACUCUAGGCAGAGUCUGCUGUCUUGGUUGUACAUGUAGUUCAAGUGAUUGGCUAGAACACUUUGUUAGGUCUAGGUGCCCAAAACAGCGCUAGGGUUUAGAAAACAGAGUACACAUAUUCCUUUGAAAGCAGUGGCAGUUAAAGCUUCCUGUGCUAGAUGAGAAUGCAGGAUAAAGUUCCCACUGACUGAAAUGUAAAGACUCAACAAGUCAGACCUGUAAGGUGGUGAGAGGAGCUCCAGGAACAGCAGGCUCCAGGAAAGGGCAGGUGGAGGAGGGGUGCAAAGAGGGCCUUCCCCGGCCUGAUGGCUUAGGGACAGACAUCUGAUGAGCCUGUCUGAGGUUCUCAGUGCCUCCCAUGAUUUACUAGCCAGCUGAAGGCAGGCAUGGAAGCCCAAAUCCCGUGAGCCGAGCAGUGUAGCCAGCCACUGUGUACUCAGGAUCCAAGCAGCGACCCCAGGGUCCUGUCUGCACCUACCCUGUGGUUGAAGCCCCUGGGUGGGCAUAUGGAGGGUCUCCUUUCUCUGCACCAUUUUAUCAGUUCUGUACUCUGGGCUCACAUUCCUGUUCAUUAAACUGAUCAGAGUCAACCACCAGGUCUCCAAAGCUGUGGAAAUACGUGGUCACAGGGCCAUGUUUCUGAAGCUGGCUGUGUCAGGGUUGGGGCCUUCAUCUGUAAUAUCUAUGACUUUUGCCUAGGUUCCUGUUUUUUAAACUCCUGAACUGCCAUUCAGGUUACCCAUGAUUUUAAUGAAAUUUUUGGAUUUAAUAAUGGUUGAUAAUCACUUUAAAUAUUUGCACAAUCUCUUUAUAAUUAAAAAUUCACUAAGCUUCACUUACUACUCUUUUAUAGAAUUGAAGAUGUUCCAUUGGAUUCUAAAUAUCAGAUGCUCCUGGAUCUCAAAAUAGCCUUUUCUAAACAAGCACAAGCAAGGGUUUCUUUGUCAUAGCACUGUUAAUAAUUCUCUGAAAAUCAUACAUGAUUGAACCAGAAUUGUUUCUUAAUGCUUGCAUUCCAAAAACAACUGAUAAGGAUAUGAAAAUGGGUAUUUACAACUUAAAUUCUAGGCCUAUCUGUUAUAUAUUAUAUAAAAGAAUUUCUCUGUAAAUCUGAUAUUAUAUUGCUCAUUUGUAUAAGCAUAUUUAUAGGCACUUUAGAAAAUGUUUAGACUGCAAUGUGUAUUAUAGACAUCGAACACAGUCAUGUUAAAUAGUCUUUGGGUUAAUACUUGUACGUUGACAGGUACUAAAACUUAAAAAUUUGAACCUGGUAGUUCACUUGGAGUGAAGGGGUGGGCUGUGUGGAUGGAGAAAGUGCUUUGGGGGCUUUUAUGGAAGGCUGGCACCAUUCCCACUUCCUGAAAGUUGAUGUAAGAGCUGUUAGGGUGGAAGAUGCAAAAGAAGUGCUGUAUGGAAUUCAGCUUUAUUACCUAACCAAGACUUAUUUUGGAAUUUUCCAGUUUCAGAUACUCUAACUCUUCUGAGAAAUGACAAGGCAAUUAAAAUGCUUUUGUGGUUAUAACGAUUUGGUACAUUAACAAAUGAGGCUUUUACAAUCAAACCUAGGUAUUUUUUACCUUGUAAUUUUUAAGAUUUGAAGUAAGAAUCUGAGGAAACCCAUGAAGAAAAACGGUUGCUUUCCUGGGAAAGGAAGACUUGUAUUUCAAGGUAAUACAAUACAAAAUAAAACCAAAUAAACCACCCAGACUAAAACAAAA